AUGGCCGACCUACGAUAUACUAGGUAUUCAUCGUCAGCAGCUGCAGGUGAUGGAUUUGGAAGCUAUCGUCUCAACGCGCUUUGCGCUGAUGGAGUACGAGGAAAGUUUGUUCGCUUACUUGAUAACAUGAAUCAAGGAACAACUCCUGCAGUUCGAACACCGACCGGGUGUACAACAACACCGUUUGAAGUGGUGACUGGAGUAAGACAAGGAGCAGUGGCAGGAUCCUUUCUGUUCCAUUUUCGAGGAACAGUAGAUCAUUCUAUGGACAUCCAUAUCAUACUAACACAAUCAGGAUGCGUCUUGACCGACUUCGAGUAUGCUGACGAUAUUGCGAUAGUCUCGGAAAGCAGCACAGAACUUCGGGUAGACCUAGCGUCUACCCGAAGCGAGACGUAUUGUUUCGCAGGAGACAAUGGAAUAGCGACGAAUUGGAUUGAUUCUGUGCAAGCUCUUGCUGAAGAACGAGUAGGUGUUGUUAGCAUGGUUGUCAUUGAAGAAGUGCAAGAAGGCUCUAGUAUAACCGAAACAGUAAAGAAGCUGAAAGAAGAAGGGAACAGGAAUUUCGGUCAGGGAGAUUGGGUAGCUGCAUCCGAAAAAUACAAGGAGGCGUUGGAUAUUUGUCCUCCUGAAGCAGAGUCUGUUCGAUCGAUCCUACUCUCCAACUUGUCGGCCGCCUAUAUCAAACAGACACAGUGGGAAGCAGCAGCGGAAGCUGCUACUGAAGCUAUAAAGGCUAACGUGCCAAACGAGAAGGCACUGGAGCGACGAGCUUUUGCGUAUUCAAACAUUCCGGAAAAGUACCAAAACGCAGUCGACGACUACGAAACGUUAAAGGAGCAAUUCCCACAACGAACGCAGUACACCGCAAAAAUCCGAGAAAUACAAAAGAAAAUUGAAGUUCGAAAUGAACAGAUGAAGGACGACAUGAUUAAUAAAUUGAAACAGCUCGGCGACGUGUGUCUGCGCCCGUUUGGUUUGUCUACGAAUAGUUUUCAACUAACACCGAAUGCAGAAGGUGGAUAUAGCAUAUCCUUGAAAAAUAAAGAGAAUCCUAAGGAAGACGAAGAGGAAACUUCAUGA